GGUCCGGUACUUACAUCUACUCGUACACUCAUUUCAUUUCUUAACCUCAUUCACACUCACUUAAUCAUAAGAGUAUCAAGCUACCGAUACCUAACUAUACAGUUCAUACCUCACUUCUUUCUUUUACAUACAUUACACAUUCGUUUGAAACAUGGAGCAAGAUGUUCCAAUAUCUAACGAUCAAGAAAUCGAUUUUUGUACUCUGGGAAUGUUUAUAAUUGAUGAGAUACACUACCUCCCACCAACUCCCUCAGUAUAUGAUGUCCUCGGUGGGGCCGGUUCCUAUUCCGCCUUAGGUGCCCGUCUCUUCUCUCCUCCACCACUCUCCAAAACAAUCUCUUGGAUAGUAGAUAAAGGCUCCGACUUUCCCCCCUCAAUAUCAUCUCAAAUAACCGCCUGGCAAACCUCUUGUCUAAUCCGUACCGAUCCCACCCGUCUCACAACUCGCGGUUGGAAUGGUUACGACAGCAACGAAACCCGCUCAUUCAAAUACACCACCCCCAAACUCCGGCUGGACGAAUCAUCCAUAGCUUCUCAUCCUCCUCUUUUAUUCGCAAAAUCUUUUCACCUCAUAUGUUCCCCCAAUCGCUGUAUAGAUCUCGUAACACGCAUUCUCUCACUGCGGAAAUCACAAUCUCCCAAUUAUCCCAAACCACUCUUUGUAUGGGAACCAGUCCCAGAUCUCUGUACACCAGAUGAACUUUUAAAUUGUACAAAUGUCCUUCCAUAUAUCGACGUUCUCUCGCCAAAUCACUCGGAACUAGCAGGUUUCAUGGGCGAUCCUGAUUCCGGUAUGACUCCUGAAGGGGAAGUAUCAAUGGAAGCAGUAGAACGUUCUUGUGAACAACUCUUAUCUUCAAUGCCAUUGCAAUCUUACGCAAUUGUUGUAAGAUGUGGAGCAUUAGGAUGUUAUGUUGCAAAGAACGGAGGAAGAAAUAGACGCGCGGAGAAAAAUCGAAGAAAACGUCCGGCGAACAGAUCUAGAGGUGGAUUGACACUAGAUAUGAAUAUGGAAGAUCUAUUUGCAGGAUUACUCAGCGAUUCGGGAGAAAUAACUUUCGAAAGAAACGACUAUGUUCCUGUCGAUCCGGGGAUUGAGAAAUGGAUUCCGGCUUAUCAUCAAGCUGGAGAUGGGGAGGAGGAACAUAAAGUGGUAGAUCCGACGGGAGGCGGAAAUGCAUUCUUAGGUGGUUUGGCAGUGGCGUUGGCAAGGGGGAAAGGCAUCAUAGAAGCUAGUUGCUGGGGAAGUGUAGCAGCUAGUUUUGCGAUUGAACAGGUGGGGGUACCAGUCCUGGGUGUUUUGGAAGAGAGCGAGGGGAUGGAAGGGGAGGAAGAUGACUGGGUUGAGGAAGGUGAUGGAGAGGAAGACGAAGAUGAUACAAGGGAAAUGGAAACGUGGAAUGGAGUAGUGGUUCAGGAGAGAUUGAGAGAGUUUAUGGGGAGAGUAGAUAUUGCACCUAGUGAAUGUCCAUCUAGGUAGAUGAGCUGGCGCCUGUUUUAUAAAAGCAAAUGCAGGGAAAUUGGCAAUAGGGAGGAGAGAAAAGGGAUAAAAGACCAAAAUUUUUACAAUCGAGAGAAGGUACAAAAAAGACAGAAAUUAAAAAUAUCCUUAAUUAGAACUAUAUUCUACUUCUCUUGUAUAUAAUCUUAUCAUACACAUAAUUCAAGUUUUCA